AUCGUGAAGGGGGGAAACUGACUAUAGAGAGGGUCAUGUGUUGUGGAGGUCAUGUGACUUGUCAGUCUAUAGUGGGGGUAGAUAAUAAGGUCCCCCAGGCUUUAGCUGGUAGUUGUACACCUGCCCUCAUAGUGUAUUUAUCCUGCAGGGCCAGUGCCUUGUCAUAGCAGGAGCCAUGGGGAGGGACAUGAUGGAGCUGUCAUUGCUUGUCUUUAUAUUACCUCUUGAACCCAUUAGGAAUGGAUACCUGUCCAUAGCUGUAACAACACACCGAAUCCUUCACAAUGAUUCGUAUAGCAGCCCUAAAUGCUGCCUCUACUGUAGAAGGAGAACAUGAAGAAACCUUUAAAAGUCAUAAAACACAGACCAAAGAGGCCCAGGAAGCUGAGGCAUUUGCACUUUACCACAAGGCCUUGGACCUACAGAAGCUUGACCGCUAUGAUGAGUCCUCCCAGGCCUAUCACCAGCUGCUAGAUACCCGUCUUCUGCAGGAAGCUGUACCUUUAGGUGAAGAAAGAGAAGGUCUAAAGCAUCCUGGAUUAAUGCUAAAGUAUUCAACAUAUAAAAACUUGGCUCAGCUUGCAGCAAAGCGAGAUGACUUGGAAACUGCAAUGGAAUAUAACCUAGAAGCUGUCAUGUUAGAUUCUACUGAUGUCAAUCUGUGGUAUAAAAUUGGUCGGCUUGCCCUUCGCCUAGUACGCAUUCCACUAGCACGACAUGCAUUUGAGGAAGGACUUCAGUGUAAUCCCGAUCAUUGGCCUUGUUUGGAUAACCUGGUCACUGUCCUUUACACUAUCUGUGACUAUAGCACCUGUUUGUACUUCAUCUGCAAAGCUUUAGAGAGAGACUGUCGCUAUAGCAAAGGUUUAGUAUUAAAAGAGAAGAUCUUUGAAGAGCAGCCAGGUCUAAGAAAGGACUCUUUCCGCAUGUUCCUGAAAUGUGACUUGUCCAUUCAUGAUGUGGACAUUAAUGAGGAGGAAUCAAACAGAAUUUUGGAGGAGGCAUUAGAAUUACGCAGGAAGAGACAAGCUUUAAAUGUAAAGCAGGAAGAACCAGACUUGAAGUUGAUUCAGCCACUCCGAUUUUUCACGUGGAAGUGUCUUGGGGAGAGUCUGCUGGCAAUGUAUCACCACCUUACAACAUGUGAACCCCCUCGUCCAAGCUUGGGGAAAAAGAUUGACCUCACAGAAUACAAAGAUGUAACACAACUGGACCAUGUUCCCCAAAUAAACUCCUUUACAGACAAAGUCACAGACACGCCCAGCACCUCCACUCCCUUAACACCAGCUGUGGCAGUAACAGAGCCUACCCCAACAAUUUCUACCACUAAUCCGUUUGUGUCCGCCCAAGCUAAUACUGAGUCUUCAGCUGCCCAAGAUCAGUCCAGUGGAGAUAGGAUGAAAAAAGGAGUGAAAAGAAAGAAAAUCGCAGAGGAUGCAGGGGAGACUGCCAAAAGGCGCUCCGCUCGUGUGCGCAACACUAAAUGCAAGAAGGAGGAAAGAAUAGAUUUUCAAGAAUUACUGAUAAAGUUCUUACCAUCAAGGCUCCGUAAACCUGAUUCAGAGGAGGAGGAUGAUUCUUUUGGUAACUACGAAAUGCAAUUGGAUUUAAAACAAGAACAUUUUCCAGCUGGAGAAAAGGCAGUAUCUUUUGACUCAACUACUUUCAUGGAUUCAGAGAAACAAGAUGUGCACCAAUUCCUUUUGGAUCACUUACAAAAUGGGGGAAUUUUAGAGCUUAUGUUGAAGUAUCUGAAAGUGAUAGCUCUGAAGUUCUUGGUGAAGUGGCCUCCUGCUCUAGCAGAAGUCGUGCUCAAUAUAUAUAAUAGCUGGAGAAAGCACAGCAGUGGUCUUCCCAAUCCCCUGCUUAGGGACUGUAGGAACCAACACAUUCAAGAUAUGAUGGUUAUGAGUUUGACUUGCAUGGAGCUGCAACUAGAUCAAUGGCUUUUGGCUAAGGUGAAGACUGGUACAGUGUCUCCAAGCAAAUGUUCCCCUGGUAUGCCUGGUGAGAACCUAGGCUCAGACUUUCCUGGCGCUCACUUUUUGGAAGAUCAAAUGAUGAUGGGAUUUGCAGCUUCUCAGCGCGACCUGUUUCCAGAUGGGUGGCUAAAUUAUGUAGUGAGAGUGUACUGGCUGAAAGCAAGGUUCUUGGCUUUGGAGGGGGACAUGGAGCAGGCUUUAGAAAACUUUGACAUGUGCACUGACUUGCUACAAAGCUCUGAGGCAAAAGCAUACAAAGAUAAUGAAAACGAAGAAGACAUUGUUAUCAAGCUCCCCAACCUUCAGCUGGAUUCUGCAAUAUCUAUAGAGGAGAUUGAAAACAGGCUUAAAUCCCUGGAGAGAUGCCAGUCACUGGAGGAGAUUCAGAGAUUACAUGACAUGGGGGAUUAUUCAUCAGUGGUUCGUCUUGUAUGCCCUACAUUGUAUAUGAGUGGUUACAACAGAAAUAAGCACCUUGAUUUUAUGACUUCUCCUCCCGAGAGACCUGCUCAGCUUCUUCUGAUGCAGGAUUCCCUGUUGAAGCUAUCAGAUUUUAAACAAUGCUUCCAGUGUUCUGAGGUGGCUCUGAAUGAAGCAGUCCAGCAAAUGAUGAACUCAACGUCUGGUGCAUCCAAGGAGGAAUGGGUUGCCACAGCAACACAGUUACUUACAGGGAUAGACCUUUCUAUGUCAUCUGACAAUUGUAUUUCACAGGAGACCACAGUCACACCACGACUUGUACGUCUCUGCAGUAACCUCAUACAGCUGAUAGACUGUAGCAUGGCUGUACAAGAAGAGACCAAGGAGCCUUCAGUGUCCUCUGUAUUACCAUGGAUAAUUUUGCAUCGAGUUAUCAAGCAUGAAGAAGAGACCUUACACUCCAUGCGCCAACACACUGACUUUAAGAAAGAGGAUCCAAACACUCCACUGCUUCCAUCAUCUCUAAUGCUCCUGAACGCAGCCCAUGAAUAUUUGGGCAGGAGGUCAUGGUGUUGUAACUCAGAUGGAGCCCUUCUCAAAUUCUAUGUACAUGUUCUAUUAAAAGAACUGGCCUUAUCUACAAAGGAAGACAACCAUCCCUUUAAGGAGGAAUUAGAAACUGCACUCGAACAGUGCUUCUAUUGUCUAUAUGCCUACCCCAGCAAGAAGAGCAAGGCUCGGUACCUAGAGGAGCAUUCUGUACAACCGGUGGAGUUGCUCUGGGAAGAUGCCCUUGUUUUGUUUGAGUAUUUCAAGCCAAAGUCUCUUCCUGAAUUUGACAGCUAUAAAACCAGCACAGUCUCUGCAGACCUGGCUAACCACCUGAAAAAAAUGGCCACCAUAAUACCUCCCUCGGAUAAACCUAAGCUAAGCAUGGACAGUUUGGCAGCUUACAUAGAAGGCACAAGCAGCAAGGUGCCACAACUCCCAGAAGGAGCAGAGGACGCCCCUGAGGUGCUGAAUGAACUAUUUUACCUUCUUGCUGACUACCAUUUUAAAAACAAGGAACAGUCCAAGGCCAUUAAAUUCUACAUGCAUGAUAUCUGCAUCUGUCCCAAUAGGUUUGAUUCUUGGGCUGGCAUGGCCCUGGCAAGAGCAAGCCGUAUACAGGACAAACUAAACUCCAAUGAAUUGAAGAAUGAUGGACCCAUAUGGAAACAUGCCACUCCUGUAUUGAACUGUUUUAAGCGAGCACUGGAGAUUGACUCCUCAAACCUGCCCUUAUGGAUUGAAUAUGGCGCAACGUCUUACGCUCUUCAUUCAUUUGCUUCCCGACAGCUCAAGCAGUGGGCCACUGAGCUCUCCCCUGAGGCAGUGUCUCAUCUAAAAGAGCGUCGGAAUAGUAUGCUUGAGACCGCAAAGCAGUGUUUCUUUUCUGCUUCCCUCUGUGAGGGAGAUGGCGAUGAAGAAGAAUGGUUAAUUCACUAUAUGUUAGGUAAAAUCUGUGAAAAACAAAAGCUGAAUCCAGAAUUAUAUCUGCAGCACUACAAGCAAGCAGCACACUACCUGCAUGAGGAAGCUGCUCGCUACCCUAAGAAGAUUCAUUAUCAUAACCCUCCCGAGUUGGCCAUGGAGGCUUUAGAGGUCUAUUUCCGUCUCCACGCUUCUGUCUUGAAGCUGCUAGGAAAAAAUGACAAGGAACUAGAUACUAAAAUGUUGUUCACCAUUAUGAAGGAAGCAACAGAAGGGCCAUUUGCUAAGGGAGAGGAGAAAAAUGCACCGAAAGCAAUAGAUAAGGAGAAGCAUAGCACUUUGGAUGAGGAUUCUCACUCUUCAGCUGGGACGAUGCCAGGCCCUGGGAAUUCCAUUCCUUCUUCCUCUGGUCCAGGUCUGACAUCUCCACCUUACACAGCCACUCCGAUUGACCACGAUUACAUCAAAUGUAAACCCCCCCGUCAUCAGGCCACGCCGGACGAACGCAGCCAGGACAGCAUGGCAGUUGUCCUUUCAGACUGUAGCUCGACACAGGACACAUUCACUGAGCCAGCCAGCUCCCAGGACAGCAGUAAGGGACUCUACUUGGAAAAGAAGUCCAGUUACUCUCACAGCUCAUCACAUUACCGAGAUGUUCAAAUAACAGCAGAUGAGAAAGGAAAGACAGAAGAGCAAGCAGAACCACCAGACACCCCUAGCUCAGCAGAGAUGAAAGCUUCUCCUGAAGUGCAAACUUCCCCCACCUGCGUCACACCUAUAAGAGCUUUACCACCCCCUCUCCCAUUGGGAGACCACAAAAAGAGACAAGAAUCAACUGGAGAUAUUUCAGAGUACCCCCAAUGUCUACCUGAAGGUGCUGAAGAACAAUAUAAAGUCUUAAUUGGGCAAUGCAUCACUUCCUUCAAGUUAUGUCUCAGCCGUUUUCCACAGCACUACAAAAGCCUGUACAGAUUGGCCUACCUGUAUACUUACAGUCAAACUCACCAGAACUUGCAGUGGGCCAGAGACGUGUUGCUAGGCAGCAGUAUCCCGUGGCAGCAGCUGAAGCACAUGCCAGCACAGGGGCUCUUCUACGAGAGGAACAAGACUAAUUUCUUCAAUGGAAUCUGGCGGAUACCAGUGGAUGAGAUAGAUCGCCCUGGCAGCUUUGCUUCUCAUAUGAACCGCUCCAUCGUUCUACUUUUGAACGUUUUGGCUCAACUCAAAGACUCCAACACACUGCUGAAGAUCUCGUGUAUGUUACAGAGGACCCCUGAUCAGGGGAAGAAGUAUUUGCGGGAUGUGGAUCGGCAGGUUCUGGCACAGCGAGCUUUUGUUCUUACCGUAAAAGUUUUGGAGGACAUGCUGAGUGACUUGUCUGGGGAUCCCAAAAGCCCGGACCCCAGCCCGUUCAUAGCGGCUUCCAUGACAACAGACAUCACCGGCCGGCCUGCACCAGAGGACAGAAAAGAUGUUGCACCCAGAAAGAACUUGGUUCUAGGUGAGGGGGUGGCUUCAGGACCCUCUGAGAAUGGGGGCAAAGAGACAGUACAAGGCUCUGCUUCUCAAGCAAUGGAAACUGGAGAAAUCAGGAUUGUAAAAGAGACUGGAAAGCCUCAGUCUUCAGAACCAAUGGACCAUGAUGGGCAUUCCUGCAACCCUGAAAAACGCAUGGACCAGCAUCGUAAGGAUUCAGCUAGGAUCCUCAAGGAUAAGGGACUCGAGGGUCCAGAAUUAUCACUAGAAGAACUAAGUAUUAGUUCUAAACAUCAACUGCCCGCAGGCAGCAGGGGCCCGGGACAGCACACACCUCAACUAACGGAGGAUACACCACACAGAGCCAGCCGCAAGCGUAAGCUGCUAGACGACACUGAAAGCAGCAAAAACUUACUUCUUGAGGCAUAUCGUGUUUGGCAGCAGGGUCAGAAAGUCACCACAUAUGAUUUGGCCAGUAUUGAAGAAAUAAUGUGUAAAACGUACAUGCUGAUCAAACAGGUGGAUGAAGGUGCUGCAUUAGAACAAGCUAUUAAAUUCUGCCAACUUCAGAUGGGAGCUUCUGCCCAGAAACAGCAACCUUCAGACACACCCAGCACCCCAAAGAGUACAAAGGACCUCCGUGAGAUUGCAUUUCCUCUGCCUGCUGUGUCCGUGCAGUUAACCCCUCUCAAUCUGGCCACAUUCAGUUCAGAGAAUGUGUUGCGAUUAUCUGAGUACCCACUCAAAGUAAAGUCUGCACCAACCACCUCAUCGUCCACAUCACCACCAGAGACUGGUCGGGGGCCAGUGCCUAGAGUGUGUGCCACCGUAUCACAAUCCCACCGUGAAGAGCACAUAGAUGAUGCAUCAUUUCUUCAGGGGGAGGCACGCUUAUGCCAACCAACUAAAGCUAUAACAGUCACCACUGCAUCAGACUCCUCUCAUUGGCAGCCAGAAGCAGUGACGAGUUUUGCCAGUUCCAGCCACUCUGAAACAGCUUGUAGCUCCAGGCCACCUCUUCUUCCAGAACCAAGUGUCCAGCCCAGCAAGCCAGAGGGUACACAAAACAAGUCGAGGGUCCACCCACAUGUGCCAAAGCUCUUUAUUCCCUCCUCAGGUGUUUCCAAAUUCCCUCCAGAAAUUACAGUAACCCCUCCAACGCCAACCCUCCUUUCUCCCAAAGGCAGCAUCUCGGAGGAAACCAAACAAAAACUAAAGUCUGUAAUCCUAUCUUCUCAGUCUGCUGCCAAUGUCAAGAAGGAGACUUUGUGCCAGCCAGCUCUUGAGAUCCUAGACACCUCAAGCCAAGAGUCGUCCCUGGAAAGUGACACAGAUGAGGAUGAUGACUACAUGGACAUAUGAAGAUUCUUUAUAUCUGCCAGCUGAAGACUCUGCAUCUGAUUCCUACCAGAUUGUGUGCUUGCAUGCUACAGCUCCCGGCAUGUGGAUUGCUUUUGCUGCCAAUAGCCAAACCAUUGUAUUACAGUAUGCCAGUUGUAUACACAGGCCCAGAUGACUGUGGGUUGAGGAGCACUAAAAACUUUACUUUAAACCCAAAAGGUCAUGUAGCGAAUACAAUUGAUCAGAUUAUGGUCCGGACCCUGAGGUUCACAGCUGAUUUUUGGAAAACAACUAUCCUGCGGCUCCACCCUUGGUGCUGAAAUCUGGACUUUUGUAUUGGUUGGGUGGAUGGAGCUCACAGGCUUUGCCUUCUUUUAAGGUCCAUGUUUUUUUAUUACAGAAUGUGAUGUUUGUAAAAUAAGAGAUGUGUACAGGAAAUGAAAUUUGACAUGAAUAACAGAACUCCAAAUGAGAAUAUAAAUGUUGCACAUUUUUGUAAAAAAAAAAAAAAAAAAGAAAAAGAAAAUAAAACAGUUAUAUAAUUUU